GCAUAACUUCUUUAAGCAUAAAUUAAGAACCAUAUAUAAAAGUGUCUUUCUUACUAACUUUCUUUUCUUUUUCUAACUCUCAGUAUAACAGAAUGAAUAACUUUAUGAAGUUAUUCGCAAUGUUCUUGUUCAUCCAAACCCAAAUAGCGUUGUCUCAACAAAAUCUUAUACAACAACUCUGCCAAAAAAACCGUUAUGAACCCCUAUGCGUCGCUACUCUCAAUCUUGAUCCUAGAAGCAAAACCUCAGAUCUCCAAGGGCUUGCGUCGAUCUCUAUCGAUGCGACAACAAAGAAAACGAAUGAGACGUUAACUUAUCUCAUCUCCGCUUUAGAGCGAACUGGAGGAAAUCGCACAGCUUUUGAGGAGUACGGAACUUGCGUUGAUCAGGAUUACGGUGCAUCUAUUGAUAGGUAUUUGCCGGCGGCUUUGGCAAAUCAAAAGGCUAAAAAGUACUCUUCGGCGAUAGCUAACUUGCAAGACGUUAUGGGGGCGUCAGGUGAUUGUGAGAACCAGUUCGCCGGAAGUUGUCCAUUACCGGUGAGCCAACGUAACAAAGUCGUUCAUGAUAUUGCCGAUAUGACUACUGACAUCAUCAAAACAUUUGUCUAGUAGAUAAUGUAUUGAAAAUUAAGAAAAAAAAUCCAGUAAAAACGAAUAAGAUU